AUGCCGAGUCAGAAGGUGUUCCAUCUAUGGCCGUACCACACACGAUUUGUGGCCGACCGGCUCUUUUAUAAUGGCAAAUACAUGAACCCAUCAUCGCAUGAAUACGCCGUAUGGGCCACGAUUCCGCGAACAGCCAUUUUACAUGACUUUGCCUUUGCCGAUCUGGAGCGCCAUUUGAUCGGAAAUCCUUACAUGGCCUCUGUCUUCCGUAUUGACGAGAUGCGAACAGAAAAAGGUAAUACCCACAUCCGACGGGAGUUCAAGAAAGACAACCUCAACUUGACUCUAGCAACAAUGGAAGGCAUCGCUCGACUAAUGCCUCAGUUUGGUAUUACCGUCACCAGUCCUGCGUCCGUUAUUGCGCGGUUGAUAUCCGAGAUCAUUCGUAGCUUUGAGAUUGAUCUACCCAAAACCACGCCAAAGCAAUGGGAUGUCCUAGGCGGCGCUUUUGCGUUUGCCCUGUCUUUCCAUGGAGAGAGAACCAACGUCGCCGAAGUAUACCUAGAGCGGGCGAAACAGGCGUUCUUAUCGGGGGCAAGGACAGGCUUGGGAGAGCUGAAUUGGCAUCUCAAUGCGCAGAAACAGGCCAGGAUGGUCAAGAAAGGACUCUCUUUGGGUCUUGGUGUUGGUCAGGCUGAUACAGCACGACUUGAAGUCAACAAGACCUUUCAAAGGACCAUUGCUCGUUUUGCUUACCAGGGGGACCGAGAAGAACACAACGAAGACAUGAUGAUCGACGACAACACGCUGAUGGAAAAUGCACCAAUCAACAAGAACUACAUGUCGGCUAAGGAGAAGAAGAACAAGGACAGAGCCGACGACGACGAAAACGACGACGCACUGGUCGAAGACGAAGAAGAAGCCGAGACCGACAUCGAAGAAACCAUCAUGGCCAAGACGCCUCCAAGCUCACAGCGACGACGAGUCUCGUAUGCAAGAGAAGCAACACACUCCAGCAAGAAGAUCAACGAGACUUUCAUCAUCUACGACUGCAGCGACGACGAAGACUACGUCGCCGACAGCGAUAUGGAGUAA